AAUUUCCAUUAAUAGCCAGCUGAGCAGCCCGGCUAAAAAUAACCCCGGGCCCUCUUCAAAAGGCGGCGGCGGCCGCCCCCCGCAGCCCCGCACGCCAUGGCCGAGCGCCGCGUCCCCUUCACCUUCCUGCGCAGCCCCAGCUGGGACCCCUUCCGCGACUGGUACCAUGGCAGCCGCCUGUUCGACCAGUCCUUCGGGAUGCCGCACAUCCCCGAGGACUGGUACAAGUGGCCCAGCGGCAGCGCCUGGCCCGGCUAUUUCCGCCUGCUGCCCCGGGAGAGCGCGCUGAUGCCCGCGCCGCUCGGGCAGGCGCUGAGCCGGCAGCUGAGCAGCGGCGUCUCCGAGAUCCGCCACACCGCCGACAGCUGGAAGGUCACCCUGGACGUCAACCACUUCGCCCCCGAGGAGCUGGUGGUGAAGACCAAGGAUAACAUCGUGGAGAUAACCGGCAAACACGAGGAGAAGCAGGAUGAACACGGCUUCAUCUCCAGGUGCUUCACCCGAAAAUACACCCUUCCCCCUGGUGUGGAGGCCACGGCCGUGCGCUCCUCGCUGUCUCCCGAUGGAAUGCUGACGGUGGAGGCCCCCCUGCCCAAACCCGCCAUCCAGUCUGCCGAAAUCACCAUCCCCGUCACCGUGGAGAGCCAGGCCAAGGAGCCGGCCAAGAAGUAGGCGGCACCGAGGAGGAGGAGGAGGAGACGGAGGAGGAGGAAGAGGAGAAGCCGCCGCUGCCCCCCGCCCCCAGCUGCCCCCUCACACCCACCCCCUUUUUACUGUUGAUUUUGUACUCGCCCUGCCACUGAGUGCCUUGAAUAAAUGUGAAGAAUCAGCCGGAAUAAAAGCUGGUGAAAGAAA